AUGUAUAACUUCAUUGGUUGGCGCCGACGGAUGACCAGUGAUAAGAAACUUAACGGACAGGUAGUUGUAGUGACCGGCGGUAAUACAGGCAUCGGAAAAGAGACUGCAUAUCAACUCACACUCAGAGAAGCUCAGGUAUACAUCUGUUGUCGAGACCAGAAGAAAGGAGAGACAGCCGUCAAAGACAUCCUAUCAAUGAAUCCAAAGGCAAACAUUUCUUUACUUUCUCUGGACUUGUCUUCACUCAUAUCUGUCCGAAAAUGUGUCAAAGAGUUGUCGGCUUUGGAGACAAAAGUGGAUAUACUUAUCAAUAACGCCGGUGUCGGCGGAUGUCCGGAGUGGACCACUCACGACGGUUUUGAGAUGCAUUUCGGCACUAAUCACCUUGGUCAUUUUCUAUUUACACUACAUAUGAUACCAAUGCUAAAGAAAGCACAGUCGGGUCGUAUAGUGACUGUGAGCUCAAGUCUCCAUCGGUUUGGCCAAAUGCACCUUGAUAAUAUAAACCUUCAAAACGGUGUAUACCAUCCCUUCUACGCGUACGCCCGGAGCAAACUCGCAAAUGUGUUGUUCAGCCGUGAAUUGGCCAAAAGGCUCCUCCACUCAAAUAUAAACACCUAUUGUUUGCAUCCGGGAGUCAUAGACACAGAUCUGUAUCGACACACAGAGAUGUUAGGGAAACGGGGGGACAGGGGCUGGUUUUUGCGUAACUUUUACAUAACACCAUUCAUGGGCUCUCAGACCACACUUUACUGCGCUCUCGACGAUAAAUUGGCAGAUGAGACAGGUAAUUGUGUUCGCGUCGAUAAUAUGAUACCCGAAGCGACUGACGACAAAAUUGCCAAAACUCUAUGGGAAUUGAGUUGUGAUUUAGUUAAGCUCGAGGAACCUCUCAAAAUAUUAUGA